AUAAUAAAAAUAGAAUGUGUGGUGUAUACAAAUAAACUGAAAAGAACCAAUAUCCGUAUCCACAAACCAUAUUGAUCUGGAAACUCCGUAAGAAUAUUUGGUGGGCAUAAUUUUAGAGGCAAAUUAAUAUUUAAGCAGGUGGAAGUGUUACUUAUGAAUGUUAUGAUGUACUCCACCUGAAUUAUUGUUGUUGAGUCUGAAAUUGAAUUAAUCGAUGGUGGUUCUAAGCUUUCAGGUUAUCCCGCGGCUAAGUCCACAACAACAUCGUGGUCUAAGACUAAGAGCUGGCGAUGCUAUUAUUCGGUGUGGGAUAGCUGAACCAUCAGGCGAACCUGCUCCUUUGGGACUAAAGACGCGCUACAAUGACACCAUUUUUGAGAAGGCUUUCAUCACUCUUUUCGCACGUAAGAUGGAACCAUUUGCUGAACCUCUCUUACUUAAUUCUAAACAAAACAACAACAAAAAUAAGGGUUUCUUCGAUUUUUGGGGGUACGAUUACGAGAGUUUUGUUGAUGUAUCGAAGAGAGUAAUGUUGCGUAGAUCUCGUUUGCAGCAACAGCAAGUGGUUCGUGAAGUUCUCCUCUCUAUGCUUCCUCCAGGUGCGCCUGCUCAGUUUAGGAAAUUAUUUCCCCCAACAAAAUGGGCUGCAGAGUUUAAUGCUGCAUUGACAGUGCCUUUCUUCCACUGGCUAGUUGGUCCUUCUGAGGUUGUGGAAGUGGAGAUAAAUGGGGUGAAGCAAAAGAGUGGCGUCCGUAUAAAGAAGUGCAGGUAUCUGGAGAACAGUGGCUGUGUUGGAAUGUGUGUCAACAUGUGCAAGAUUCCUACCCAAGAUUUUUUCACUAAUGAAUUUGGACUUCCAUUAACCAUGAUUCCUAAUUUUGAAGACAUGAGUUGUGAAAUGGUGUAUGGCCAAACACCACCUUCAUUUGAAGAUGAUCCAGUCUCCAAACAACCUUGCUAUGCUGAGAUAUGUUCUGUUGCAAAUCCAAGCUCUAGUGUAUGUCCUAAGCUACAAGCAUGAGCAGCAGACACUCCUUUUGUAAAACCAAGAAAACCUCAAAUAUUUUAUGUUAUAGUAGAUUUGAGGUUUUCUUGUUUUUACUUGGCUCUUGGAUCACGGGGAGCUUUUUCUUUAAAACCUUUGAGAGUUAAGACAAACCAAAUACAACCGUCAAAGAAAAAGAAAAUCAAAUAUUACAAACAGAUGAAAGAUUAUACCAUUAAGAAAAUAACAUUUAUGUCCGAA